AUGCUUCCUUUGGCAGCUGGCAUGGUUUCUACUCGCUAAUGUCUGUUUAUUUUUCUCAAUAAUUAUCCUUUUUCCAUUUUUAAAAUGUCAGGCAAACGGGAACUAAAAAUUAACACAAAGUUUGCUCAGAAAUAUGACAAAUACCGACAGAAAGAAGAGCUGCAGAAACUUAAGGCCCGAUUUUGGGACAGAAACAACGGGAGAGACUCGGACUCUUCGGGGUCCAGCUCAGACGACAGUGAAGUGGAGCUGGAUCCCACCGUCGAGAGGGACUUCUACAGGAUCCUGUCGCUGCUGAAGAAAAAAGACCCGAAGAUCUACGAGAAAGACGCCAAGUUCUACUCUGAAAGUGGUUGUUUACAUGUUUGCAGCAGCUAGCUUCUCGUGGCUUUUCUGCCCCUUCGUGAAACGUUUGUUCCUCUUUAUUCAGACACUUCUCACAGCGAUGAGAAGCCUUCAACCUCGAAGAAAGCUGCAGUGAAACCCAUGUUCCUCAAGGACUAUGAGCGGGCAGUCAUCCUGGAGAAGGAGGGUCAAACUAGUGCGAGUAACGUCUACGGCUUACCUACUCUCUGAAGUUCUCAUGGGGGACUGAGGAGAAUGCCGCGAAAGAACAGGAACUCUGCAUCCUUCCAGUGCAACAACAGCAUCUGCAUCCCUCGCCAGUCUGCCUGCGACGGUUACAACGACUGCCUUGAUGGCUCAGACGAGUGGCCCCAGAGCUGCCACGCCGAAGCCCCCGUGACGCUCGCCUCUCAUCAGUGCCACUCGAUGGAGUUCCACUGUGGCAGCGGAGAGUACAUCCACGGCAGCUGGAAGUGUGAUGGAGAUGCUGACUGCUUGGAUGGAUCUGAUGAAGCUGGCUGCACUCGCUCCACCUGCUGUCCAGAUGAGUUUGAAUGUGGCGACGGAACCUGCAUCCACGGCAGUCGCCAGUGCAACCAGCAGUACGACUGCAGAGACACGACUGACGAAUCCGGCUGUGUCAACGUGACCCGCUGUGAGGGCCCGGACAAGUUCAAGUGCCGCAGUGGGGAGUGCAUAACCAUGGAGAGAGUGUGUGACAGCAAACGGGACUGCAGGGAUUGGUCAGAUGAGCCUCUUCGGGAAUGUGGCUCCAACGAAUGUCUUUACAACAAUGGCGGCUGCUCUCACAUUUGCAAUGACCUGAAAAUCGGCCAUGAGUGCCUGUGUCCGACUGGAUAUAGCCUCAGAGACAAAAGACGGUGCGAAGAUAUUGAUGAGUGCGCCAGUCCAGACACCUGCAGCCAGACCUGCAUUAACACGAUGGGCAGCUACAAAUGUGAAUGUGAGGAGGGUUACCAGGUUGACCCAGUAACCAAAGCGUGCAAAUCUAUUGGUACAAUAGCCUACCUCUUCUUCACCAAUCGUCAUGAAGUGAGAAAGAUGACUCUUGACAAAAGCGAGUACACUCGAGUAAUUCCCCGCCUAAAGAAUGUGGUGGCGCUGGACAUUGACGUAGCCACUAAAGAGAUCUACUGGUCAGACAUUUCUCUGAAGAAAAUCUACAGAACAAACAUAGACUCAGCUGACGACUCGACUCUGCACCAAACCGUUAUCGACAGCGACGUUGAUGCCCCUGAAGGAAUCGCCUACGACUGGGUCCAUAAAAACCUCUAUUGGACCGACAGUAUUCGUAGCACUAUCUCUGUGGCAACCGCUGAUGGCAGCCAUCGCAAAACUCUCUUCCACCAAGGCUUGUCGAAGCCUCGGGCGAUAGUGGUCGAUCCCCAUAGCAACUUUCUUUAUUGGACUGAUUGGGGAAAUCCAGCUAAGAUCGAGAAGGGAGGUCUCAAUGGAGGAGGCCGCUCCGCUCUGGUCACUGACAGCAUUGUUUGGCCUAAUGGCAUCACUCUUGACCUGCUGAACCAGCGACUCUACUGGGUGGACUCUAAGCUGCACACUCUCUCCAGCGUAGAUGUGCAGGGUGGUGGUCGGCGCACGCUCAUCAUUGAUGAGCACAAACUAGCUCACCCGCUUGGACUCACUGUAUUCGAGGAAAGAGUUUUCUGGACGGAUGUUGGCAACAAUGCCAUCUUCAGUGCCAACCGACUAACCGGUGAGGAUACAAGACCAGUGGCAGAGCACCUGCAUUCCCCAGAGGACAUCAUCCUCUACCAUAAUCUCAAACAACCUUCAGGAAGAGACUGGUGCAACACGUCCAGAUCCUACUGUGACUUCAUGUGCCUUGCUGCCCCUCAAGUGGGCAGUCAUCCACCGAAAUACACCUGCGUCUGUCCAGAUCACCAGAUGCUUGCCAGUGAUAUGAGGUCAUGUGUGCCAGAGGCACCAACACCUGCAGGACCAUCUCAGUCAGAAACUCCAUCUGUUUUCACAACCCGUCUGCCUCUCAGGACGUCACCUAGAGCCACGUUGAAUCCCAGACUCCACCACAGCACCACCACAGCAGCACCGGUGGUGAUCACCAGUACCACCCCCAGGGCUGUAACCCACACCACCCCAAGGUCACAGACACAGAGGACCACCAAGCCUCCAAUCAGGAGCACCAUACCACUCCCAAAGACCACCACUCCCAGGCUGAUCGAUAUGAAAGUCCUGCAGACCUUCACAGAGGCCCCCACAACCUCUCUGGAAAGCAAACGUGGGCUUGGUGUGGCUCUUUACUUGGUCCUCCCUCUGGCGGUUCUCUCACUGUUGGCUGUUGGUGGCGUGCUGCUGUGGAAGACCUUCAGGUUGAGAAGCUCCAACACCAUCCACUUUCAUAACCCUGUUUAUCAGAAAACCACAGAGGACCAGGUGCACAUUUGGAGAAGCAACAGCCUUGACGGUUACUCCUACCCAAAAAGGCAAGUUGUGAGCGUGGACGAAGAAACCGACAAUCCCACCUUCACUGAAAACUGAAUGCUGUCUUAAGGUGGAUUUGAUGACGAUCAGCGUUUUUACCUCAAAUGCACAAAGAGGUGAAGCCUGAAUGUUCCAACCACUGAAUCCUCACAAACAGAUGGUUUGUCUGCAGCGCAAACGAGUUUCAAUCCCACAAGAAAACAUCUGAAUGCUCAUCAAACAUCAUUAAUUUCUCAGGUCGAUUUUUCUUCUCUCGAUGUUCAGACUCUGAUAGUUGAUGUGGAGAAAAGUCUUAUGUUGCUGAUCAGGGAACAGUUUUGGUUUAUACACAACAAACCACUUUUCUUUUAUCAGACGUAGAUGGAUAAACUUCCUAAAAAAAUCUUAUUUUCAAAGCACAUGAAGUCAAAGAUGAAUGUAACCUCACAGAAAACACUCAUCAUCAUGUGGUCGUGCCUUGAUUAUACCAUCCUCUGUCUGGGCUCCCAGAUGUUCCCUCUGCAUCUAUAAGAGCUUCCACUCUCCACAUGCUUGUCGGUGGAUUUGACAGAAACCUUUAAAUCAUCCUUUUUUCAUGUUGUUAAAAAGCUUUGAUGCCACCAAACCGCUGUACCGUGGCACAUGUAUUUGUGUCCCCGUCAUGCCAGCAUUCCUGUUCAAAUGGCUCUUGGAUCUCCCCGGUGUUUGCGUGUUUGUUUUUAAAUUCCCCUUUUUUUCUGGGAAAUGGCACAGGGAGACAACAACUACCUUUUGGAUCUGUAUUUGUGUUGUGGGAGUAAAUAAGCAUGAAUGGUUGAAAAGUGAGGGUGAAACAGCUGACCAGGGUUUCUGGGUUUGUCAGCUUGUGAGGACAAAAUGGCACAAGUUCUGUUUCCAUUCAGCUUGUAAAUAUGUUGUUUAUAAGUGUACAUAUUUGUUCUGUACUGGUUUUGUUAAUGAUUGAAUGUUCUGUAAAUAAACAAAUGCUGCUAUUUAUUAU